ACCUCCUUGGUCCUCUGUGGCGUCUCCGUUCCAGUCAUCUUCCUUCACUAAGUAUUCGUUUUUACUUGCAGUGUUCUCCAGAGUUUGCGAGUGAACCGGCGUGCACUGUGUUGAGGAAACGCUGGAAUCGCUGGAAUCGCUAUUGCACACACCGUCUUCGUUCGUUGAGAUGCCCAUGACACGCUGGCGUUUGAGACGAUGUCUCGAGCGCACGGGUAUUUCUUUGGAAGGGUCCCAAAGAUACGUGCCGUACUGCCUUUUUGAUGCCAUUCUAACCAAACAACGGCAAUGGUCGGUUGAUCUUACUUUUUCUGCCUCAGUAGCAAAACAAUCUGCAACGUAUGCAGUUGGCCGUCGACAGGGCCAUCAGUCUUUCGUGAAUUACGAGGAGUUCAACUCAGACGGUCAAGUCGCAGAAUUCACGAAGCAAAAUGAAUGCAGUUGAGGAAGAGAGAGACACGGAGAAAAGUAGGAACCCUUUGGUUUCGUAUCAGUGUACGCCGUGUAUGGUACGCAACACCCGAGGCUGGAAGUAUAGUGAAUGAAUAAAAUUCAAACAAAAAUAGUGACAAUAUAAUAUAAGCAUUUCCACAGAACUUGUAAUGAGUCGAAGCAGUGUGAACGGAACGAACAAUUAUUAUCCGAGAUAUUUCACACCGGCUGGCGACUUUUAACCAUUUUAACUCUGACGUCUGGCAACGACGACUUCUGCUUCCGGCAUCCUGUCCUGCGUGCGAUUCCAGCUGAUCUGUCCAUUUUGCAAGAUACCCACUAGCAAGUAUGACACACAUAUUGGUGAAGUGGAUUGAUGAAGAAAAGUGGGACGUGUACCCACUGAGUGCUCUGGUGGAUCCCAAAGUGGGACUUAGAUUGCUUACAGACAGCGGGGCUAUCGAGCACAUGCGAGGCAGCGUGGUGGACGUUUAUUGGAAGGAAGGGGAAGAGCCAUCGCCUGCAGAACUGCUUUAUUUUGGGAAAGAGUGCGCCCUCGAAAAGAAGAGAUCCCGGUUUGCGGCACGGACUGCACGUGGGAGCUGUGAAUACACAGGUGACAUGAGUCAGAAAAGCACGUGUCGCCGUUGUGAAGAAAAAGAAACUACCAUCCAAGAGCUUCGACAGGAAGUGACAGAAUUAAAGCAGAGACUAAACACAUUGGGAAGCACUGCUGAUGCAGCAAGGAUGGUCAAGCGCCUGCGAAAAACAUUAUCAGAGCUGCAGACCAGUGGUGCAGGAAUGGGCACCAAUAUCGUUGCAUGUGGCAAGGUAGAUAUAGGCAGCGGUGUCCUGCUGGAGCAAACUACUCUGGACAGGCUAUGGAAAGUUUGUAAUGGUUCAGCAACAAAGUACGCAAGGGCGCUGUUGCGCUGCGUAUUCGAGCCCGAAGAACUUAAGGGGAAGUCCCUUUAUGGGCAACCCAGUAAUGCGCACAAGAAUCUGCCCACCAAGGAAGGAUUAGAUCCUCUCCGCCUUGGAGCAGUCUUGGGUUACACGCAUGGGAAAUUCCCAGCAAUUUCUGACACUCAACUUAAAAGUAGUCUAUCUUCCCUUUUAUCAAGGGAAUUGAAAUAAGCGAAAUAAAAUACUAUGUAUUGACAGCUGG